GGACUAUAUCUUAGUCCGUGCUUACUAUCUUCUAAACACGAUGUAGAGAAAUCUUCUGAGAAAAUAAUAUACUGUUCUGUGCUUAUAUCUUAGUCCGUGCACCUAACUGUCCUAACUUUAGUUAGUUAGAGUACGUUGAUUGAGAAUAUUUAUAUUAUCAAGUUACUUUACUAUUAACUACCUAUUAAGUAUUAGUUAAGUCGUUAUUUUUUAGUAUUUUUAAAUUUGUGCUUAGUGACAUGAGUUGUAACAUUUUUUUUAUUUAUAUAAGGUUUGAGUUUGCCAUUCUAAACUGAAAAAUUAUUUAAUAUUUGUCUAAAAUAUCAUCCAUUAGUCCUUAUUUGUAUUAAUUUUAUAUUUUGUAUUCCAAUUAAAAAUACUUAUUGAUACCUUUAAAUAAUGAAAAUGUUUGUUUUUAAUUUUUAAUUUAUUCAACUGGUAGGUUUUUAUUUCAAAGAAACUAUUCCUCUUAUGCCCAUUUUUUAUACUGCAAUCUAUCAAAAGUUAUUUAUUAAAACAGGUGAUAAUCUUGUUGUGAAAUGGAAAAAUCAUAGAAUAAUCUAUAAAUAGUUAGUUAUUCUAAAAAUGUACUGACAUUUAAUUAAAAUUAUUAUUUAAGUGUGAAUAUUAGACAAUUUAUUAUAAUACCUAUAUUAAAAUGUCGCAAGGUUAUACCGAAGAUUAUAAAAUGAAAAAAUCUCCAAUUAAAAAGGUUAAAGAUGAUCGUAAACAAUUUGGUUCCAAACGUUUGCCAAUAGUUCUAGCCAAACGUGAUGGAUCUAUCGAACGAAUUCAAGAGUCUGAAAAAUGUCAUUCUCAACCAACAAUAUUAAUUAAACCUCGAGAUACAGAAAAUAGAUCUUUGUCACCUACUCAAAAGAACUUUCCUCAAACCAUUACUAAAAAGGAAGAACCUUAUCAGCCAUGCUUACACAAAUCAGGAAAUGAAGAACCAGUACAAUCUCCAACUGAAAUGAAGGCACCAGUUAAAGUUAUUGAUGAUUAUAUGCAAUUUAUCAAUGAAGGUUUAAGUAAUUGUUUACUCGACCAAACGGAUUUCUUAGUUAUUGGCUGUCUAGGACUACAAGGUGUUGGAAAAUCUACACUUAUGUCUGAUAUUGCAAACAAGCCAAAUUUAUUUACAACUUCUACCUCUGAAUAUCUAGAAACAACACAAAACUGUACUGCUGGUAUUGAUGCCUAUAUAACUAAAAACAGAAUUAUUUUAUUGGAUUGUCAACCAAUAUUAUCUUCAUCUAUUGCCUAUUCAGCUAGCCAUAAGCGAAUGGGCCAAUCAAUAGAUCCAUCAGGAUUACUAGUUGAUAAUGAAAUGAUUUCCUUGCAAUUAGCUGCGUUUUUAUUAUCAGUAUGUCAUGUAGUGUUAUUGGUACAAGAUUGGUUUUUUGAUCCCAAUAUAUUUAAAAUAUUGCAAACAGCAGAAAUGUUAAAACCAGCAAUGCCUACUUCACAUCGCAAUGAGGAAUUAGUAGAAUAUUUUCCUCAUAUUGUAUUUGUGCAAAACAAAUCAUUUUAUUCUGAUUUCAGUAUAGAGCAUAUUAAAACAGUGCAACAUGUUUAUACUCAAUUAUUUGCACGAUCUCGUUUGCAUAUCCAAAGUGGAAUUAGUAUAGCAAAUGGCAAUGUUAUAAGUGAACUAAACCAAUUUAACUGCGGUGAACCAAUUAAUUUAUUUGUAUUGGCCAACAGUGAAAAAGAUAAUAAUUCUGAAAAAAAUGGAUAUCAUAAAAUGCAUCCUGGCCAACCAAUUUUAAUGCAAGAAUUCAGAAAACAAUUACUAGGCUUACCUAUAUCACCUCUUACACACACCCAAUUAACAGAAAAAACAUGGUUUCACUAUUGUGCCAAAGUAUGGGAUUUAAUAAAAAAAAGCCAAUUUUUUAAUGAAUAUAAUAGACUUCAGACAUAAUUUCUUAUAGAAUUAAUGUUUGUUGAUAUUAGAAAGAACAUAAUAAAAUUAAUGACCAAAAAAUGUAUAUAUUUAGUUAUACAAUAAAGUAUAAUUAUAGAUUAUUACAAAAAA